GUGUGAGAUCUACAUUUACGCAGGUAUCGCCUUUUUUCACUCACGUGAACGUGCCAGAACAUUGCAGCUUAUGCGCAGUUACUGAUCAUUUCAACGGUAUGUUAUGUAUGUGUUAUGAGACGAAUUUUAUAACGUGUCUCUGGAAGAGAUUUGUGGUCCAGUCAGAGUUGCACGAUCAUUGGGGUGGCUGAGCUGCGAGAGCACUUCGUAUGUACCCAAAGACUACCGCUGCUAACUGGUGAGCUAGCUAGUACUAGCUGACUAAUGUUAAUUCAUACGAUGUUUCCAGCUAGCAGAUAUUCAAUUCAAGCCCAGAGGUGUAUAAGAGCGUUGAAAACAGUGAAAGCAGAUCAUGCACCUCCACAGCUCUACACAUGGAGAUGGAAAUGCUCGUCCGCAGUAACGCCUCGCAUAACAUCACACUACACAAUCUGCCCCAGGGACAAAGACCCACGAUGGGAAGGUGUGGAGAUGGAACGGUUUGCCGACGAGGCUGAUGUGGUGAUAGUGGGCGGGGGUCCCGCAGGGCUGUCGGCAGCCAUCCGGCUAAAGCAGCUGGCCAAUGAGCAGGAGAAGGAGCUGCGUGUCUGCCUGGUGGAGAAGGCCUCUCAGAUCGGCGCACACACUCUCUCCGGGGCCUGCCUGGAGCCCAGCGCCCUCAACGAGCUCUUCUCAGACUGGAAGGAGAGAGGGGCACCCUUGAACACACCAGUGACAGAGGAUGUGUUUAGCCUUCUAACCAAGAAAUACCGGAUCCCUAUCCCAAUGUUGCCAGGUCUGCCCAUGAACAACCAUGGGAACUACAUUGUGCGGCUGGGACACUUUGUGCGUUGGUUGGGAGAGCAGGCUGAGGAGCUAGGAGUGGAGAUAUACCCCGGCUACGCUGCUGCUGAGGUUUUGUUUCAUGAAGAUGGAAGUGUGAAAGGAAUUGCCACCAAUGACGUGGGCAUCGCUAAGGAUGGUUCGCCAAAGGACGUGUUUGAGAGGGGGAUGGAACUCCAUGCUAAAGUGACACUGUUCGGAGAGGGCUGCCAUGGCCACUUGGCCAAGCAGCUCUACAGGCAGUUCAACCUCCGAGAGAACUGUGAACCACAGACCUACGCCAUUGGCCUAAAAGAGGUGUGGCUGAUUGAUGAGAAGAAGUGGAGACCGGGCAGAGUGGAGCAUUCGGUGGGCUGGCCCCUGAACAGGAACACGUACGGCGGCUCUUUCCUCUACCACCUGAACGAGGGUGAGCCACUGGUGGCCUUGGGCUUUGUGGUUGGGCUUGACUACACCAACCCAUACCUCAGCCCUUUCAGAGAGUUCCAGCGAUGGAAGCACCACCCCUUCAUUGCCAAGACCCUGGAGGGAGGGAACAGAAUCGCUUACGGAGCCAGGGCGCUCAAUGAGGGAGGCUAUCAGUGCCUACCUAAAGUGACAUUCCCUGGGGGUAUGCUUAUCGGAUGCAGUCCAGGCUUCAUGAACGUACCAAAGAUUAAAGGCACCCACACGGCCAUGAAGAGUGGCAUGCUGGCCGCAGAGGCCAUCUUCCCCAAAGUCACAGCCAAGGACCUAGCAUCUGAAACUGCAGGACUUCAUGUACCUGAAUAUGAGGACAAUUUAAAGAAGUCUUGGAUCUGGAAAGAGCUGUACUCAGUAAGGAACAUCAGGCCCUCAUUCCACAACUACUUUGGGCUGUACGGGGGCAUGGUCUACACCGGUGUCUUCUAUUGGAUACUCAGAGGGAAGGAGCCAUGGACACUGAAACAUGCAGGCCUGGACUCGGCCCAGCUGAGACCGGCUAAGGAGUGCACGGCCAUCGAGUACCCCAAGCCCGACGGCAAGCUGAGCUUCGACCUGCUCUCCUCGGUGGCUCUAAGUGGCACCAACCACGAGGGGGACCAGCCCCCCCACCUUACCCUGAAGGACGACAGUGUCCCCGUGGCCAACAACCUGGCCAUCUACGAUGGGCCUGAGCAGCGCUUCUGUCCAGCAGGUGUAUAUGAGUACGUUCCACUCGAAACUGGAGAGGGUAUGAGGUUGCAGAUCAACGCUCAGAACUGCGUGCACUGCAAGACGUGCGACAUCAAGGACCCCAGCCAGAACAUCAACUGGGUGGUGCCCGAAGGCAGCGGAGGACCAGCCUACAAUGGAAUGUGAUUUCCCUUUUCAUUCAGACAUAUCACGAGGCACCAAUUGUAGCAGUGAGGUCAGAAACCUCAAGUGUGGUGUCUGCAAAAACACAUUCAGGGCUUGCUGCCAAGACAGCUUUUAGAAUCUACUAUACUGUGUGCAUAGAUAUGGAACUGAAUGUCAACAUUGUAAAGUACGGGCAUUAAACAGUGACUUUGUUUCAUGUACGGUUUUCAGAAUGCAACUAAAAAGUAUUUUAUAUAUUUGUAUGCAGGAGAAGCUGCAUUGACAUGGAUCGAAAUAUCUUCAAAUCAGUGCCAAAAUUGAGGGUUAUUUCAUUAGCUAGUUGCAGGUGCCAUUAGCAAUAACAGCAUAUGAGAUACUGUACAUAAUGUCUUUAGUGGGUAGGAUGUAUGCGGGUGAAUAAAAUAUUUACCAUGCCUCUGUCUUACUCCAUACUUCUCUCAUUGAACGUACAGGUAGUAUUUAAUUGCAUUGUAUACAGGUGGAGUAUGGACAUUUCUAGAAAUAGAGUCAACUAACCAACCACAUUUCAUCUUUAUGGCUUACAUUCAGAAAAAUAAAUAAAGGGAUAUUACAGUAGUUAUUCAGAGUAAACAUGAAAGAAUGUGAAAUACUCUUGACAAAAUGCUGACAGGUUUACGCUUCCUCAAAAAAAAUUGCUUACAUUUUGUUACAUAUCUAUACUUCAUUUUCAUCUACCCUUGUGUGCCACUCAUUAAACAGACAAUAUGAUUA